ACGUGGACUGUAUGAUCAUGUGGCACAGAACAGCAGUCAGUAAAGGACAAUCUUUUAACUUUCAUUUCAUUGCAGAAAACAACUGCACAGGAUACACACUGCACUUUAUCUACACACAGCGCUAUCUCCUCUUCUAAGCUUUACGCAAUGGAACGGCGGAUUGUUCUCCUGGGGAAGACUGGAUCAGGGAAGAGUGCUACUGGAAACACCAUCCUUAAUGGCAACUAUUUUGAAGUGAAAUCUUCUCCUCAGUCGGUGACAAAGAACUGUGAUGUGAAAGAAGUUGGGCACAUCAAGGUUAUUGAUACACCUGGCAUGUCUGACACAUCACUGACCCCAGAUCAGCUGAAAAAAGAAAUAGGGCGGUGUGUGUACCUGUCAGUUCCUGGUCCUCAUGUGUUCCUGCUGGUGAUCAAACUGGGCAGAUUCACAGAGGAGGAGAAGAACGCAGUGAAGUGGAUUCAGGAGAACUUUGAAGACGAUGCCUCGCUCUACACCAUGGUUCUGUUCACUCACACUGAUCAGCUUGGAGAGAGGACACUAGAGGAGUUUUUGGGAGAGAGCCCUGAACUGAGAAGACUGCUCAACACCUGUGGAAAUCGCUAUCAUGCAUUUAACAACAAUGACCCAGGUCGUUCCCAGGUCGAUAAGCUGAUGCAGAAGAUAGAUGACAUGGUUUUGAUGAAUGGAGGGAAGUACUACACUAAUAAGAUGUACAAGGAGGUUCAAAGACGUAUUAAUAUUGGUGAAACGUUUGAAACUGUUGUUGCUGCUGUUGCAGGUGCUGCAGGUAUUGCUGGGAUAGUUGCUUUAGCAUUGAUCAAAAAAUAGUGGAAGCUAAGUCUGUAUGUGUUGUAAAUAAGAAAAAAAUGCAGCUCAUCAUUUUACCAAGAAACCACAAAGCGUAAACUCCUCUGUCCUGAAGAUGUCAGAAAACCUAAAGUUACAGCUUUACAUCGGAGUGUUACAACGCUCCUUACAGAAAACUUCACCAUCUCAACAAUUCACCACGUCCACCUUUUCUCAAUGUAAUAAAUAAAAUUUGCUUUCUUUGUUGCCACUGUCGCUGAAAUCACGGCUCUGUGUCUUACACGUACAUAGAAAAUACACGAUCAGCUGUUGCUUUCCCACUCACUAGUGUGAAAACAGGGUUAGGUUAAUUCAAGUGCCUACUAAUUAAUUUGUUAUUAUAGAAACGAUAACAUAUUAGAAUGAGUGCAUUACUAUAAACCUGUGAUGUGUAGCUGCACUACUGUCAGAGCUGCAGUUAUAGUACAUUAAUCAAUACUUUCUGACCAAUCACAAUCCAGAUAUCAACAGUGCUGUGGUGUAAAAAUAUGAUCUGUGGGUAGUGGACAAACAUUAUAGUGCAACUGAAAUUAUUUUGAAUGAUUUGUUUCCUUUUUCAUAUUACUGGGCUGUUAUUAAUUAUUUUCUAUAACACAGUUAUUUUUCUCUCUAUUUUUAUCUUGAGUGGUAAUCAGUAGCUCAGACAUAAAGACAUAAAGAGUUUUAUAUGUAUCUACAUUUAUCUUAUGAACUUUUUAUUGAAUCAAUAGUGGAUGAAGGAUAUUCAGAGAGAUUUCAAUUUCAGAUUAAAGGAAAAUUGUCUAAAUGGCUGCUAUGAAAAUCUUUGUUAUAAAUCAUUCAUAUUGUAAAUGGUGUGU